GAAAAUCCGUUUAGAGAACGGAUCUCGGAAGUUUUUACGCAACGCCAGGAUUCAGGACAAUCUACAUCCGAAGGAAUCUGUUUCGAGGAAUUUCUCGAGAUGCUGUCCGUGUUCUCCGAACAAGCACCGCGGGAUUUGAAAGUCUUUUACGCCUUCAAAAUUUACGAUUUCGACGAGGACGGGGUGUUGGGUCUGGGCGAUUUGGAGCGCACCUGUCGGCAACUGACUCGAGGUGGGCUAAGUGCCGAAGAGGUGACUACCGUGUGUCGAAAAAUUCUGGAGGAGAGCGACAUAGACGGCGACGGGGCUCUGUCCUAUCUAGAAUUCGAGCACGUUGUAACCAGAUCCUCC